UUCCAGGUCCGGUUCCGGGACCAUGACGGCUCUGCCGGGCUCGGCGCCGCGGAUGAUGCGCGCUCCUCCCGGGCCCGGAUUCACCCGGACCGGGUUCCCCCUGGAAGUGUCCACCCCGCUGGGCCAGGGCCGGGUGAACCAGCUGGGCGGGGUCUUCAUCAACGGCCGGCCCCUCCCCAACCACGUGCGUCACCGGAUCGUGGAGAUGGCCCACCACGGCGUCCGGCCCUGCGUCAUCUCCCGCCAGCUCCGGGUCAGCCACGGCUGCGUGUCCAAGAUCCUCUGCCGGUACCAGGAGACCGGCUCCAUCCGGCCCGGAGCCGUGGGCGGCAGCAAGCCCCGGCAGGUUUCCUCGGUGGACGUGGAGAAGCGCAUAGAGGAUUACAAGCAGGACAACCCGUCCAUGUUCAGCUGGGAGAUCCGGGACCGACUGCUGAAGGAGGGGGUGUGUGACCGGAGCACGGUUCCUUCAGGUGACGCCCCGAGCGUCAGCUCCAUCAGCCGCGUCCUGAGAUCUCGCUUCGGCAGGAAGGACGAGGAGGAGGAGGAGGGAGAGAGGAAGGGGGAGGACGAGGAGAAGAAGAGCAAACACAGUAUCGACGGCAUCCUGGGAGACAGAGGCAGUCGCAUGGAUGAAGUUUCAGAUGUGGAGUCGGAACCGGACCUGCCCCUGAAGAGGAAGCAGCGCCGGAGUCGGACCACGUUCACGGCGGAGCAGCUGGAGGAGCUGGAGAAGUCGUUUGAACGGACGCACUACCCCGACAUUUACACCAGAGAGGAGCUGGCCCAGAGGACCAAGCUGACGGAGGCCAGAGUCCAGGUUUGGUUCAGCAAUCGAAGAGCCAGGUGGCGAAAACAAGCAGGAGCCAAUCAGCUGUCAGCGUUCAACCACCUACUCCCCGGCGGGUUUCCUCCCACGGCGAUGCCCACGCUGCCCACGUACCAGCUGCCGGAGACCGGCUACCCCCCUCUGUCCCAAGACGUCGGGGGAACGGUCCAUCGGCCCCAGCCGAUCCCUCCGUCCACCAUCCACCAGACCGGUCUGUCCAGUCCGGACGGCGGUUCGGCCUACGGCAUCUCCUCCGGUCGCCACGGCUUCUCCGGCUACUCCGACACCUUCAUGUGCUCCACGACGCCAAGCAACCACGUCAACGCCGUUAGCAACGGACUUUCACCUCAGGUGAUGAGCCUCCUCAGCUCCGGCGGCGUCUCCUCUCAGCCUCAGCACGACUUCUCCUCCUCGCCGCUGCAGAGCGCCGUGGACUCGUCCUCAUCCGGCGGCGUCUCCAGCUGCAGCCAACGUCCCUCCGACGGCGCCAUCAUCAAGGCGGUGGACGGCGUCCCCUCGUCCCAGAACUACUGCCCCCCCUACAGCUCCGGCUACGGCAUCGAACCAGCGGUGGCUGCAGGAUACCAGUACGGACAGUACGGAACGACUGCCGUGGACUACCUGGCGAAGAACGUGGGCCUGUCCGGGCAGCGCCGGGUGAAGCUAGCCGACCACUCGGCCGUCCUGGGACUGCUGCAGGUGGAGACCGGCCAGGCCUACUAGGACAGGAGGA